CACCCGGAAGCGGAAGUCCAAGACUCAAGUCCGUCAUUUCCUUCACGGAGAGGAGCGCGACGGUCCUGUUUUUCCUUGGUUCAGCCGUUUCACAGCAUGAAGGAGGUGAAGAGCGAGCGGGAGCGGGGAAGUCGGCGAAGGCACCGGGACGGUGACAUGGUGGCGGCGGCGACGGUGGUGGUGAAGCAGGAGCGCCUCAGCCCAGAAUCCGCGCCUCCCGUCCAUCGCCGUCCGGACUCCUCCGGCGGUAGCCCUUCCCCGCUGGCCGGCGAGUCAGGCCGCCCCGGUCACCGCGGGAACCGAGCUCGAGGAGGUAGCCGGUCCCCACCGAAAAAGAAAAAUAAGUCCUCGGGGAGAAGAAGCAAGUCUCCCCGGAGUAGGAGAAGCCGAAGUCCUCACCACUCAACAGUCAAAGUGAAGCAGGAACGUGAGGAUCAUCCCCGGAGAGGCCGGGAGGAUCGGCCGCACCGAGAACCCUCAGGACAGGAGCACAAGCGCGCUAGGAACAGUGACCGAGACAGACACCGCAGCCAUUCCCACCAAAGGAGAGGCUCGAACGAGCGGCCUGGUGGUGGGCAGCCCCAGGGGCGGGAUCGAGACAUUCAAAACCUGCAGGCACAGGAAGCAGAGCGGGAGUUCUAUAACGCCCGGCGCCGGGAGCACCGCCAGAAGAAUGAAACCAGUGCUGGUAACACAUCUCAGGACUCAAUUGCAAGGCCUGGCGGCAACAACAAAGAGGUGCCUGCUAAAGAAAAGCCAAGUUUUGAACUUUCUGGGGCGCUUCUGGAGGACACCAACACCUUCCGGGGUGUGGUCAUUAAAUAUAGUGAGCCCCCAGAAGCACGUAUCCCCAAAAAGCGGUGGCGCCUCUACCCCUUUAAAAACGAUGAGGUGCUUCCUGUGAUGUACAUCCACCGGCAGAGCGCUUACCUCCUGGGCCGACAUCGCCGCAUCGCAGACAUUCCCAUCGAUCAUCCCUCUUGUUCAAAGCAGCACGCCGUCUUUCAGUACCGGCUUGUGGAAUAUACCCGUGCUGAUGGGACAGUUGGCCGCAGGGUGAAGCCCUACAUCAUUGACCUCGGCUCAGGCAAUGGAACGUUCCUGAACAACAAGCGAAUUGAGCCUCAGAGAUACUACGAACUGAAGGAAAAGGAUGUCCUUAAAUUCGGGUUCAGCAGCAGAGAGUAUGUCCUGCUUCAUGAGUCCUCUGACACAUCUGAAGUAGACAGGAAAGAAGAUGAGGAUGACGAGGAGGAGGAGGAAGUGUCUGACAGCUAGCAAACUAAGAAACGACCCAGACUCCCGAGAGACCUGUUCUUUCUUCAGAGGCUUUGGGAUUGACUCUUAAGGGCACUGCCGUGCGCUCUGUGAUGCCUCUUAUUGCCUUAAGUCUUUCCUCUGUUGCUGACCAGCUUACGUUAGUUACAGUUUAAGAAAACUGAUUUCUGUUUGGUUGAACUCUUUUCUGUGGCACAUCAACCGCAUGCCUGUGGGCGUUUGUUUUCCGAACAGUCUCACCAACACAUCCCGUUUUAGUAGAAACAUUGUGGCUUUAGUUGGUGCUUUCAGAACUGCUGUCUAGGAAACUAUAAACCCUUCCUCAAAGGGGAACUGUGGCUUGUUCUCUUUGUACAGUUACUUUAUUUAUAUAGUUGUUAAGCUGUGUGGACUGGGUUGGUUUUUGUUUGGGGGGCAAACCCCUGAACAGAGAAUCUUACUAAGCUUUGGUUAUUACCAAAACAGCCUCUAGACUAUAUACCAAAGCUUUGACCUGGUUGAGCUCUUGAGUCAUGGAAAUUGAUUUUGCACUUCAUCUGGGGGGGGGCGGUUUACCACAUGACCUCACUAUUGACUAUUGGACUUAAAGAGAUGCUUUAUGGAGCCUGCUUAAGCAUAUGACUGUACAGGAAGAUCAUGGCCACUGCCGGUAGAUGCUGAUGACAUGUCAUGAGAGGCUGAAAUGGGUCAUGGAUCUGUGAGAGAGCUCUGAUUUCUCCUUGGAGCAUGUUCAUAAGAGUUUUGAUCAUCUUAUCUGUUCUUCAACUUUGCAUUUUUAUUUUGAUUUUAUCUCCAUUCUUCUCUGAGAAACACACUGUCAUUUAUGUGGCAGGGUCCUUGCUUUAUUCUAACAACAUACAUAUGUCUAAAGGAGGUUGUGUGGUUCACAUGUUUCAUCUUUUUAAAAAGACGUUCAGAGAGGUGGUAUUUACCUUCCCAAGGCUGGAAAGCAUGGGGAAUUGCCCGACUUCCUAAUUCUCUACCAGAGGAAUAUGUGUAAGUAGAAAAGUCAUUAACUACUUACAUCUAUUGUGUGUGUGUGUGUGUGUGUAUAUAUGUACAUAUUUAAGAAAUUGUGUGUGAAAGAGCGGCAUACUGAUUUUCAUGAGAAUGUUUUGGGAUGUAAAUGUAAUACUACAUUAUAGGCAAAGGCCUCCCUGCAUUUGAAGAGCAGGUUUUCAUUUAUAUAUGUAUUUUUGGAAUAAAAAAUAAUA